CAUUCUAAAGACCAAAACCUUUUUUUCAGUCUCUUCCUCUCCUCCCUCUCUCCACAGCCGCCCCUCUUUCUCCUCCUCACCGCUGCUCCUCCGACCACCGCUGGAGCCAGCGAGCCAGGCGGUGCCGCCUUAUCCCUUCGCCUCUUCACCCCGGCGCCCCUCUCUUCCUCCUCUCCUCCGCUUCUUCCUUUUCUUUCCAGCAGAAAGCAGCGACUGGUGAAGCUGCCAGCAAAAGACAGAAGCCUCCGACAGUAAACAACAGGAGCAGCAGGAGACGACACCAGCAGGCUCCACCGGCAUCAACCAGAAGCGCCCAACGGCAGCAAUAACUUCGAGAAGCAGCAGCAGCUACAACGGACAGCAGCUGCCACUGCCUCUGUUUGCCUCCGUCUUCUAUCUUCUCCAGCCAGCAGCAGCCGACAAGACCAUCAGCAACUCCGACCAGUUGAAGAUCCGGUGAGGCUCGAGAUUUCAGGUUGGCAGCAACAACUAUGGCGGGAGUUGUUAAUAAGUUCUUUAUUACAUCGUUGAUUAUGUGGGCAGCUCCAGUUGCAAUUUUGUAUGCCUUCAACCACAACUUAAUUCCUGGCGUGACCGAUAUGUCUCCCCAUUCUAUGACAUUAGUGAGUGGAUUCGUUGCUGUCAUAUCUGUCAAUGUGGUUAUUGCAUUUUAUAUUUGUCUGGCAAUGAGAGAACCCUCAGAUAAACAUGAGCCUGAUCCUAAAUUCUUGGCAGAGGCCAAAGCUAGUGUAAAGCAGUUGGGCCAAAAUCAAGAAGGGGACUCGUCGAACUCCCGAACAAAAAAAGAGUGAAUGUAAGGAUAAAGGUAGGCCUUAAUGUUCUUGAAGGCAUUGGACACAGUUCUAACUUUGUGGGAGUAAGCACAAUGAUUAAAUUUUUUUAUAAUUUUGAUCAUUUGCAGGGAGAACUUUGUUGCUAGUUUAACUUUUGGUAAUAUUGAUUUGUUGUGAAGUAUAAAAUUCCUUAUAUAUUUGGGUUAUCCUUUAUCUACUUCCUGCAAUAUU